GAUAAGCUAUGGCUUGAGAUGUAUGAACCCACGUCGGAGGCAGACCUGGCUGUACACAAGAAAAAGGUCGAAGAUGUCCGGCAGUGGUUAGCAGAAGCGUUUGAAGGAGGACCGUCGGGAAAGCUCCGCAAGUAUAGGCGUCUUCUUGUCCUCAGCGGUCCUGCCGGUGCAGCCAAGACGGCUACGAUGCGGGUACUCUCGAGGGAGAUCGGGUUCGAGAUACUGGAAUGGCAGAAUGCCGUCUCAGAAGGCCUGCCAUCCAAAGGAGAGCCAGACAGCUUCGCAGAUUACGAAGGCGCAAUGGACAAAUUCCAAGCCUUCGCCGCGCGCGCCUCCUCCUGCCGGCCCGUCUUCUCCAGCGCCCCCUCUCAGUCAUCCCAAAGCAACCUCUCUUCCUCUAAGCACCAACUCAUCCUCCUAGAAGACCUCCCGAACGUCGCGCACGCACAGACGCAGGAGCGCUUCCACGCGAUCCUGGAGGGGCUUGUGCACUCGCCGAGCCUCAUCCCGGUGGUGGUGGUCGUGAGCGACGCGGGCGAGCGCGGGGAGAGCGGGGAGGACGUCGGCUUCGCGAGCGGGCCGAGUCGAAGGGAGGCGGUGGGCGUGCGCAGCGUCGUGCCCCCGGGGCUGCUCAGGUCGCCGUAUGCGACGGAGAUCAAGUUCAACGCCAUCUCCGCGACGCUCAUGCGCAAAGCCCUGCAAUCGCUGCUCUCCCGCCACUUCUCCAGGGCCGCCGGCGCGCCGCCGUCGAAGGACGUCGUCGACCUCGUCGUCGACACCGCGAACGGGGACAUCCGCAGCGCGAUCAUGUCCCUCCAGUUCGCGUGCACCCCCAGCAAGGGGAAGAAGAAGGCGGCGGUCCCGCGCGGGCUGCUGGAGGUGGUCAGCCGGCGCGAGCAGAGCCUCGCGAUGUUCCAUUUGCUGGGGAAGGUGCUGUAUAAUAAGCGGAAGGGAGACCCCCCGGCGCCGUCAGCGAGCAAGAGGGAUAUAGAGAGGGAUAGGGAGUUUGAUGCGAGGCUGCGGGACCCGCCGCCGUUGCCGGAGCACCUGCGGGAGCACCACCGGCGGACGAGCCGCGUGGACGUCGAGAACUAUGCGCAGUUCUGCAAUGGGGUGGAGGAGGCGGAGGGCGUGUGCGAGGCGCUGAGCUGGGUGGACUGCGGCGGGGGCGAGCAGUGGUACCAGACGAACCCGAACGGCUUCCAGCUGCUGGCGCGGGGGACGCUGCACGCGCUGCCGACGCCGGUGCCGCGGCGCGCGGGGCAGGGGCUGUACAAGCCCGAGUUCUUCGAGUGCGGGAGACGCGCGCGGGAGGGCGCGGGCGCGGUGGAGGACGUGCUGGGGUGGUUGGGGGAGGUGCGUGUGGUUUUCUUUGCGGGAGGGGCCCACAGGUGGCGGCGGGAGGAGGUCGUGAUGGAGCUCGGCGGGGUGCUCAGAGCCCGGGCGAGUCUGCACACGUCGGGCCCUCACGUCCCCCCGCGGACGCACAGACUGUUCUCCGCGCUUGGGGAGGAGGUGAAGGCGCGGGCGGAGCUGUGCGAGGACGAGGUGCCUGAGCCUGAGGAGUGGGGAGGGGAGGGUGGGCGGCGGGGAGGGGCGGAUGAGGGGCAGGGGAAGGGGGGGUGGUUGGAGGAGGAUGAUAUCGAGGAGUAG